AUGUAUUAUUCAAGAAGAUUUUUUGACACCUUGUCACAGGAGUUUGGCAACAAGGUCAGGUUAUUAGUCAAAGAGUGGGCAACUACUACUAAGAAACUAGCGAACAUAUAUAAUAGAAAAAUCUUUCUGUUGAAAUGCAAAGUAAAUCAGUUGAUACCGAGUCACAUUAAAAAUAACCUCAAAUGUAUUUGGUCACUACAAUGUGAGUUCAAUCCAUUUAUAAAUGAAGCUGAGAAAAUAAUGAGCAAGUUUAGAAUGUCUACGUUGAAGCUGGAAAUAAGAAUAACGCUGUGGAAACUUUGUAAGCUAGAAAACCGAGUUGGUCAAAUUAAAUCAAGGUUACAGGAAGUAUUACCAGCUAGUGUGUAUAUUAGAAGUUGUGAGAUCGGAGUAGAUUUAAUUUGCAUUUUUGCAAGACUAGGGAUUCAUGAGGUGAUCGCUCAAGGACAACAAUGUAACGUACUGUACAAUUUUACGGACCUUCAACUACCGGAUUAUUGUGCCAGAGUAUUUAACCUUGCUCCGAAAGUAGGUAUUCCACUGAAUAAAAAAGAAAUACCGAUUCCUACAUUGAUAAAAGAUAUAGAAUAUGGAAUCUCAAGAAUUAACGUUGAUGAUACGGAUCCUAAAGUUGUAGAUAAUGUUAGGAAUAAUUAUAGAUUAAAAGUGAUUAACUCGAUCACGAAUUUCUAUAAUAGGAGUGACUAUUUGAUUGAAGAAAAAUGGAUUUCCUUGGUAAGAGAUAUUUCUAGAACUAAACAAUUCUUGAAAGAGAAUAAAGAUGUGAUUGUAAUGAGAGCUGAUAAGGGUGGCAGCACGGUUGUGAUGAAGAGGGAUGAGUAUGUCGAGACAAUGAAUCUGAUGCUUGGUGAUGAAACAGUGUACAAAAGAAUAGACAAGGAUCCAACAAAAAAGUUCCAGAAUGUAGCGAAUAACCUGACGGAACAAGUAUGGGGGGACCAGCGAGCCCUGCGUUAG